AUGCCGCCGCCUCGCGUCGACACGGUCAACGGCGGGACGCAGACGAGCAACUCGUACCAGAACAUCUACUCGUCGAGCGGGUUCGACCUCGGCCAGGUGCUCGCGCACGUCGUCAACCGCAAGAACCCGACGAUCGAGAUUGGCGCCGUCGACAUGAGCUGCUCGUUCGUCGUCGUCGACGCGCGCAAGUUCGACCAGCCGAUCGUGUACGCGAGCGAGACGUUCUCGAGGUUGACGGGCUACGGCAACGAGGAGAUUGUCGGCCGCAACUGCCGUUUCCUUCAAGCUCCAGGCGACCAGACGGUCGUGCAGGGCGAGAAGCGCCGGUACACGGACGGCAACGCGGCGCACCACCUGCGCCGGCACAUCGUCGAGGGCCAGGAGACGCAGGUGUCGCUCAUCAACUACCACAAGGGCGGCAAGCCGUUCAUCAACCUCGUCACCUGUGUGCCCAUCCCUGUCGGCGACUCGCCCGAGAUCGCCUUCUUCGUCGGGUUCCAGGUCGACCUCGUCGACCAGCCGGCGGCCAUCCUCGACAAGAUGCAGAACGGCUCGUACGUCGUCAACUACUCGGCCGUCCACGCGACGAUCGCGAGAAACCCGAGCGUGAUCUCGUUCGACCCGUCGUACGCGCUCGACCAGCUCGAGGAGGCGGCGCACCAGGCCCAGGCGCACGCCGCGCACGCGAGCGCCAAGGCCGGCGAGGCGGCGUCGCUCGUGCAGCAGGCGCGCGACCAGAUCCGCGCGAUGCGGCGCCAGUUCAUGCGCCUCCUCGUCGACGAGUGCGACGACUUUAUCCACGUCCUGUCGCUCAAGGGCGCGCUCCUGUACGUGAGCGGCGCCUCGCGCCGCCUGCUCGAGUACGAGCCCAACGAGCUCCUCGGCAAGACCCUGUCGUCGUUCUGCCACCCGAGCGACAUCGUGUCGGUCCAGCGCGAGCUCAAGGACGCCGGCGUCUCGACGCACCCGACCGUGUCGCUCGUGUACCGCAUCCGCCGCAAGAACAGCGGCUACGUCUGGUUCGAGGCGCAAGGUCGCCUCCAUCUCGAGCCGGGCAAGGGCCGCAAGUGCGUCAUCCUCACGGGCCGGCCUCGCGAGGUGUACAAGAUGUCGUGGCGCGACCUCGAGCUCGCCGGCGGCGUCGGCAGCAGCGCGCACGAGUUCUGGGCCAAGGUGUGCGUCGACGGCAUCUUCCUCGCGGCGACCGCCGGUGCCGAGAAAGUCCUCGGCGUCAAGAACGUCGUCGAGGACGUCAUUGGCAAGUCGAUCGGCGACCUGAGCCGCAAGGCGUUGGACGACGCGCCCCGAUUCAUGGACGCCCUCAUGGAGGCGAGCCGCGGCAACCCGUCGCAGGUGCAGCACUUCAUGGCGCCGACGCCCGGUGCCGCCCUCGUCGAGGUCGUCACGCGCUUCUACCCGGCGCGCUCGUCGACCGACUCGGCGCAGAACACGACGGCCCAGAGCUCGGCGACGCAGCCCAUCGGCGGCAAGCAGGUCGCCAUCAUCGCCCAGGCGCUCGCCGCACCCUCGAGCACGUCGGACAACGUCUUUGACGAGCUCAACGUGACCCGAGGGACGAGCUGGCAGUUCGAGCUUCACCAGAUGCGCCUCACCAACAAGAAGCUGCGCGAGGAGCGCGAGGCGCUCGAGGCGCUGCGCAAGAAGAAGGCCCUCCUCGCCAAGGCGCCCGCCCUCAGCAAGGCCGGCCCGUCGCAGCGCGCGUGCGCCAACUGCGGCCGCACCCAGUCGGCCGAGUGGCGCUCGGGUCCGACGGGCCCCAAGACGCUCUGCAACGCGUGCGGCUUGCGGUGGAGCAAGGCCAAGAGCCAGGCCAACCAGGCGGCCAAGCAGCGCAAGGAGGACGAGGACAAGGUCAUGGGCGUGGCGCCGUCGUCGUCGGCGCUCGUCGCGAGCCCGUCGCAGUCGAGGUCCAACUCGCGCGACUCGUCGGGCUCGGGCUCGGGCGGCGCCAGCCGCGAGUCGUCCAAUUCGACCAACCCGACGACCGUCGUCCCGUCGCCGUCGCCGGUCGCCUCGUACGGCUGCUACAGCGGCUCGCCGUCGGCGCAGCCCAUGGCGCAGUCGAUGAGCGGCUACGGCAACGUGUACAACUGCGCGACGUCGCCGCUCGCGCUGUACCCGUCGGGCCCGGCGACGGCGGCGCCCAUCUCGCGACCCGGUCUCGUCCACCAGCCCUCGUCGUCGCUCCAGUACGGGUUCCCGCCGCCACUUCCGCCACACGGCGCGCAGGUGAUGCCUGCGUACCACGGCCUCGACGCACCCGGUCCGCCGCCGCCGCCCCACGGCCUCUAG